UUUGAGUAUUUAAUCAUGUUUAAGUUAAAUUGUAUUUUAGUCAGUUCUGUGAGAAGUCUGUGCCGACAAGUGGCUGUCUCUCUGAACGCCACCGGAAGUGCUGUAAACAUCGAGCUGCAGAGGACUUUAUGUAGCAGCUCUGAGAGACAUCAGGGAGCUGCAGACUUCAGGUGCUAUGUUGUGUUUGAAUCCUCCAGCCAUCUUCCUCCACUCCCCGGUCAGGAGAGUUCACUCAGGUGGGCUGGAAAGAAGUUUGAAGAGUUGCCGAUCGUUCACAUUAAAGCCACGUACAACAACACACACAUCCAGAUGACGGACAGCGCAGGAGAGUCUCUGGUCAGGACGUCCUGUGGAACCGAAGGAUUCAAGAACAUCAAGAAGUCGACGCCGGUCGCCGCUCAGACUGCAGGAAUCUCAGCUGCCUCGAAAGCCACAGCGAAGGGGGUGACGUUUGUCCGAGUCGUCAUCAAAGGUAUCGGUCCAGGACGUCAGUCUGCGAUCAAAGGCCUGACGAUGGGCGGCCUGGAGGUGGUAUCGAUCACUGACAACACCCCCGUGCCGCACAACGGAUGCCGCCCACGCAAAGCCAGAAGGACUUGAGCUCAGCGAAGACAGAAUGCAGGAGGACGGCGUGCGUUAUGUGUAAUAUGCUAAUAAAGUGUUUUGUUGUAUAA